AUGGCAUCGACAUCUUAUUGUGGUGCUAAUGACGGCCUGCAGAUAGGUACUAACCAUGACACAAUCACAGCGGAAUUCCACAUGUCUAAACGACAAAAGACCUCCUACCAUGACGGUUCGCCUUCCCCGCGACGCGAUCGGUACACCAUCACCUGGAUUUGUGCGCUCCACAUAGAAAUGGCACCAGCUCAGGCCAUGCUAGACGAGUUUCACGAAACACUGCCUACCUAUGCGGACGAUAAAAACACCUACGUCCUAGGAAGCAUCAAACGACGUAAUAUCGUUAUUGCGUGUUUACCAGAAGGGCAGUAUGGAACAAACAACGCAGCGAUCGUUAUGACGAACAUGAAGCGGACUUUCCCAGCAAUACGCGCAUGUUUGAUGGUCGGGAUUGGCGGUGGUGUGCCAAGCAAGGCUGAUGUGCGUUUGGGCGAUAUUGUUGUUGGAACAAGGGUGAUGCAGUAUGAUCUUGGCAGCGGUUCUUAUCUAUCUAUCUUCUCCCAUGACAAAGGCUGCAAUAUUGCAAUAGAGAACAGAUUCUGGUAUCGACCGAAUAAUCCGAAACAAUUGAAAUCUCCAAGCCAGAAAAGUAUAGCAGACCGUCAGUAUCACAUAUUCUAG